GCUCUCCACUUGCUCGCAAUCCGCCGACGCGCACGGUGCACCGCUUUUGCGUCUUUCCCAACACGCUGUCCCACAUCUAGUCAGCGACGUGUCCCUGCUUUGCUCAGACCGAGUGGGGAGUGAACAACAGCAAGAGUGCGAAAGAGGCAGAAGAGGGCAAAGAGAUAAAUCCAUAAAGGAAAGAAGAAGAGGAAAGAGGUCUCCACCGAGAAGAUGCUGACAGCAGCCGGUGUGUUGGCUGUGGUCGCUCUGGGAUUGAGCGCAGCUCACUCCAAUGUGAAUAAACACAAGCCAUGGAUUGAGACGUCAUACCAUGGGGUAAUCACUGAAAACACUGAUGUUGUUCUGCUUGAUCCUCCUUUGGUGGCUCUGGACAAGGAUGCUCCCAUCCCAUAUGCAGGGGAGAUCUGUGCGUUCAACAUCCAUGGGUUGGAGGCUCCAUUCAAGGCAGUGGUGCUGAACGGUACAUCCGGGGAGGGCCAACUGAGGGCUCGUUCCCUGGUGGACUGCGAACGGCAGAAGGAGUACACCUUCAUCGUUCAAGCUCAUGACUGUGGUUCAGGCCCAGGGGGCACAGAGGGCAAGAAGUCCCACAAGGCGGUGGUCCAUAUUCAAGUCAACGAUGUCAAUGAAUUUGCUCCAGUGUUCCGGCAGCCCGAGUAUCAAGCUGCAGUGACAGAAGGCAAGAUUUAUGACAGCAUCCUCCAAGUGGAAGCCACAGAUCAGGACUGUUCCCCUCAAUACAGCCAAAUUUGUAACUACCAGAUUACUACAACUAACACACCCUUCGCUAUAGACCGCAAUGGUAACAUCCGAAACACAGAGAAGCUGAUCUAUGACCGGAAGCAGCAAUACGAGAUACAUGUGACGGCUUGGGACUGUGGUCAGAAGAGAGCCUUGCACAGCAUCCCUGUGCGAAUUGACGUCAAGCCUGUCUGCAAACCUGGUUGGCAGGGCUGGAAUAAACGAGUUGACUACGAGCCCGGAACAGGAAGCAAACCGCUGUUUCCUCAAAUGCAUCUGGAGACAUGUGGUGGGCUGCUAUCUUCUGCGAGAACUACAGUUGAGCUGCUGACCAAUCACAUUGGAAAGGGAUGUGACCGUGAGACCUACUCUGAGAAGUCCCUACAAAAACUAUGUGGAGCCUCAUCAGGCAGCACUGAUCUUCUGCCUGCCCCCUCCGCUACCACGAACUGGACAGCUUCUCUGAUGACAGACAGUGGGAGAGACAGUGACUUAAUUUUUAGGUUUGAUGGUCACCAGGCAGCUAAAAUACCAGACUUGGUGGUGCCCCAGAACUUGACGGACCAGUUCACGAUAGCAACCUGGAUGAAGCAUGGGCCCAGCCCUGGUAUCAGGGCUGAAAAGGAGACCCUUCUUUGUAAUUCUGACAAGAUAGAGAUGAAUCGCCACCACUACUCCCUGUAUGUCCACAAUUGCCGCCUAGUGUUUCUGCUAAGGAGGGACUUUACUCAGGUGGACACGUUCAGACCUGCCGAGUUCCACUGGAAACUGGAUCAGAUCUGCGACAAGGAAUGGCAUUACUACGUCAUCAACGUGGAGUUUCCAGCGGUGACACUCUACGUGGACGGAGUGACAUAUGAUCCCUAUCUGGUGACAGAUGACUGGCCCAUCCAUCCUUCCCAGAUUGACGUACAACUUACAGUUGGUGCCUGCUGGCAAGGUGGUGAGGUGACCAAGCCAAGGUUUACUCAGUACUUCAGAGGCAGUUUAUCUGGAUUGACCAUCCGACCAGGCAAGAUUGAGAGUCAAAAAGUAAUUUCCUGUCUGCAGGCUUGCAAAGAAGGACUGGACAUCAACUCCCUUGAAAGCUUGGAUAAGAACAUCAAGUUUCACUUUAACCCAGCUCAGUCAAUCCUGGUGAUGGAGGGAGAGGAUUUAGAAAACAUGAAUGUUGCCGUGAGAAAAGUCUCCUACAUAAACUCUCGACAGUUUCCCACUCCAGGAGUGCGACAUCUCCGCAUCUCUACUACUGUCCAGUGUUUUGGUGAAGACACUUGUCUUACCAUCCCUGACAUUGAAGCAGUAGUAAUGGUGCUGCAGCCCAGCAAGCCCAUGAUAACCAUCACCGGAUUAGAAAGACAGAGUUGGCCAGCUUCUGACCUCAGGGGGCCUAAAGGUGUUCGGCUAUUCCAGCAGCUCCACAUCAUCAGCACGGUCAACAGGGGAGAUGCUGCUGCCCAUAACACAGAGCAAAGACAAGGACGCCUGGAGCAGAUCAUUCACAAUUUGGACUACUGCGACGUUCUGGUGUUGGGUGAAGAGUUGAGGCCUGACCAGGAGUCACUCCAGCUGCAGCGCAACAUUCUGCUUGGAAAACACCUAGAUGCCACUAAUUCCACAUCUGGGAUGUCCGUAUAUGGUGUGGAGUCCAUGGCUAAUUAUGAAAACGUGAUCCGAGAAGUGCGUUACUACAACUGGCGACCAACGCAGCUCACAGAGAGAAGGUUCCGUCUUACAUGUUCAGAGCUCAACGGACGCUACACCAGCAAUGAAUUGAACUUGGAGGUGAGCGUACUCCACAGUUCAGAGGUGAAAGAACACGUCAAUCAGAUCGCGCCUUUACCUCAGCACAUGAAAUUAGUUCACCAUCCAGCUAUGAUUGAUGAAAUCUACCCUGCGCAUAGCUCAGGGGUCCCGAGUGCCGUCACAGUGGUCAUUGUGAUGUGUAUCGCCGUCCUGGUGGUGGUAGUGGUGUUAGGCAUCUACCGCAUCCAUCUAACCCACCAGCAAGAAAUCAAGCUGUCUGAGAUGACCAAAGAGGAAAACGGAACCUGGGACGACUCAGCCCUGUCCAUCACCGUCAACCCGAUGGAGAAUCUGCAGGAUCCCCAGGCCACCGAGCAAGAGGUGAGUGAGGAAGAGGAUGAAGACGAAGAAGAGGAGGAUGAUAUCACUAGUGCAGAGUCGGAUGACAGCGAGGAAGAAGUGGACGUCCAACUACCCAGGAUGCAGGGAACGAAGCGUCUGAACUGGGACAAAACAAUAUCUAUUUAAAUUAUCAAUCACAAACAUUCACACGAUCAAUAUGGCUGUAAGAAAACAUCAAAUGAUGAUGGCUGACACACACUAAAACAAUCAGGUAGACGUACAAACUUUGUGGUAUUGAAAAAUGAUGUAAUAUCGCCCCCCACUGGAUUUAACUACACCCGGCCUAACACCUAGCACAUAAUGUAAAAUAGAAAAAUAAAAACAAAUUAAAAUUUGACCAAAAAUUGAAAUACAACUAAAUUUACUGUUAAUAGGUACACUAAAUGUCCUUUCACUACAAAAGUCACACAAUUCAGCAAAGCUUAAUGAAACAAAUUCUGCAAAGAUUUCUGAUACAAAAGAAUGCAAGUGGCUAAAAUUUCUAUUAUUAUUUGGAUUUUUGUACAAUGUGUGAUGUAGCCAUCUUUAUCUCGGCCCUUGCAGCAAAGUCAGGUGAUUUUACUGAAAUGGUAUAUUUUCAAUGGAACUCUAAAAGUAACACACAAAAAAAGAUAGAAAGCUACAGUGCAGUGUCCAGAUGUCAUGUUAAACUCAACAAGGGAUUCAAAUUUUGUGUUUUGGGGUUACACGGCGAAUCCCCAUGGUACGUUUUUAUACACAAUCUUGUAAAUAGAGAGUACAGUACCGUAAGUGAUUUCCCAUCUAAGCCUCUCCAUCCUUACCCCAAUCAUACAGACUGCACCCAGAGACCUUUCUCUCCACUUGUACACAACAAAUAUCAUCUCGCUUCAUUUUCAUAUGCAGAUGUUAGAAUCUUUACUCUGCAGAAAUAGUCAGUGGCGCCGCAGUCCCUUUAUGUACAUGUCAGCUCAGUGUUCAGUUGGGUUUGUUUGUUUGUUUGUUUGUUUGUUUGUUUGUUUGUUUGUUUGUUUGUUUGUUUGUUUGUUUGAGUGUUUGGAUGUGCCAUGGAUGGCUCCAUGGAUACCAGAACUAAGUCCAUGCGGCAAGCUGUACAUAUUUUCAAAAAGAAAGCAGCCUUAUGAGUUGUAAAUGUGCACCGUUAUGGGCAAAACAAUGGCAAAAAGCAGCACACAACACUGCAAACAGUGUUGCGGGAUUUGGCUGACAAUAUGGCUGAAAACACUAAGGUAGGAUUCAAAGAACUUUUUUCAUAUCAACACACAUGAAAUGGCUACAAAGUAGAACCCGAGGUCCCAGAUAUAGACCAAUAAGUACCCAAAAAAUACCUAUUGUAUAAAAGAGAAUAUAGUAGACUUUAUACACACACACACACACACACAUAUACACACACACACAUACAGGACUGUCUCAGAAAACUAGAAUAUUGUGUCCUAUUAAGUCCUUUAUUUUCUGUAAUGCAAUUAAAAAACAAAAAUUACAUUAAUAAAAGGCUUGCAAUAUUUCAGUUAAUUUGUAAUGAAUCCAGAAACAGUGCUAUAUAUAAUAUAUAUUAUAUAUAUAUACACACAACUACUAGGAAAACCAUAUCUUUGUUUUUUUCUUCUUUCCCAAUAUUUCACCAAUGAAGAAAACACCUAUAUUAGUUGAGCACAAGUAGUAAUAUAUAUUUGGGCUAUCCAAUAGGUGCUGCAAUAUAAAAUCUGGUCCACUUUGACAUGCAGUCUAAUGUGUAUUGACACAAUGGAUAGCAAUAGAUAAAAAUGUGUGUCAUAAACUGGAACAAUAAGGAGGGAAAAUAUUGAUCAGCCCGUUGGAAUUUGUGUUCUGCGUGAUGCGGUCAAGGUUGAGGUUAACGACACAUUGAUAGCACUUUAAGGGUGAGCGUUAAAAAGGAAGCCAACCCAACCCAACCCAAUUGUCUUUACAAUAAUACUAUGUUGUAUGCUCCCCUGUUAGUUUAAACACAACUUUUUGAUUACGAUUCCAUUGUGAAAUUUGAAGCUGAACCGUGACAUCUUAGCACCGAGCAAUCGUGAUGUCAUUUUUGGUUGAGUCAGUGGCAAAAUGGAUUUAAGAAAGAAAAUAUAUAUUUUGCUGAUUAAGUCAUAUUUCACAGACACAAUAUUUAUUAUAAUGCUGUGGUGAGCCUCGUACAAGGUGCAUACAACAUUUUUGUGAAGAGAAUUUUGAUGUUGACUUUUGCAUUAAAAAGAAAUUAAACAAUUGGAUAAUCAUGACAUUUGAAUAUAUAAUAAUAAUAAUAAAACAAAGUCCCUUUGAUGGUUUCUUGUUUUAUUUUUCUUAGCUGUAACUCACCAACACAGAGCUGUGUUAAAUGAACACCCUAAAAUGGAAUAUGUGUAUACUGUAGCACUACUAUAUGUUCAUGUAAAAUACAUGUUGUUUAAAGGUUUACCACAUUAGUCUCGUGAGGUCAUCCUUUUCACUACCUUGCUCAUCUGAAACCUUUUGGUGUUUUUUUUCCCAUCAAGCCCUAAUGUUGACCUGAUAUGUGUUUUAGAAGAGGACAAUGCAGUUAACAUGGAAACCUUGUAUAUUGUGUACAACGUUGUUUUAUUUUUAUUUUUUUCUGGACUCUUUUGUCUGUUUUGCUUUGGAAUGGUCAGUCACUACAGCACUUUCUGUAAAUUGACCAAUAAAACCCUGUUUUGGAAUCGA